AUGUCGUCAGAAAAGUAUGAGAUCGGUAGUCGCGCUGAAUGCGAGAAAAUGGUGAAAGACUGGGGGUUCCCUCAUGUUUUCACCUGGACAGACUCGAGCGGCGCUCAUUAUCCGCCGCAUUCUCACAAUGGGAUGACAACUCACUUGAUCAGACGGGGCACUCUCACCAUAACAUAUCCGACGGACAACGCCACACUCCACAAUGGUGAGAUCAAAAAGGAGACACUUGGUGUUGGGGACAGAGUCGACGUACCUGCCGGAAAGAUCCAUGAGGUCUGGAUUGGGCUGGAGGGGUGCGAGUAUGUCAUUGGAGAGUAG